AUGGGAGGAAAGCUGGAAUCACUGCGUAACGUCCUUUCCAAAAGCCCAGACCGAGAUGUCCUUCACAAAUACCUCCAAAGGUCCAAUACCGGCCUCCUUCGGGACGCCGUUCUGGUUACCCUCCACCGAAAAUGGUCCGCAACCCCACCGCACCGCCUCACUGAGCUUGGAAUCACCACCUACGAUAGAGCCAACACCAACCAGGGGCAACCCAUAGCUGGCCCACAUGCCGAAGAUCUACUCCGCCAAGUAUGGUCUCUUCACCUUGUCAUCCGCUCCACUGCGCACCUCGACUCUACACCCACUGGUCUAGACCCUUUCCACUUCGGUACGACAGUUUAUGUGUCCCACGAAGAAGCUCUCAACCUCCUCCAACAGAUCUGGCAUCAGCCCAUGAAUGAGAAGAAAGCAGCAUCCGGCUUCCGACCGAUCGUGUACAUGUCCUUCGGCGCCAAUGACAGUAUAAGCAAGAUGCGAAAGACAGCUUUUGACUUCGAUCCUUCUAGUAUAGUUACUACGAUAGCAACUCUAGACGCGCAAGUUAUACCUCAGCAAGCAAAGAUAACGCGCCACGCAGAUGCAUCGUUCACGUACCUCCUCCAGCAGUUCAAGAUUCCUGUCCACCACCCUCAGAAUAGUGGCAAUGCUGCCAUGGCAGUCGAGUUGCAAGUCGGCAGAGUCUGUGGUGCAGGGUUUGAUGAAUUGGCCGACGCCGGCGCCGCCGAUUGGGGUGAGAGUAUAUUGUUGGAGAUGUGGAAUUGA